AAGAUCCCAGACAGAGGAGGCAGAACAUUUUACCUUCUUCAAUACCAAAACUUUCUAGGGUUUCGCUGCGACUGACUCAACCAUGUACAGAACCGCAGCUUCACGACUCAGGGCUCUCAAGGGCCGUGGAGGAAAUUGGAGAGCAGCCAGAUUUGCAAGUUCAAGUGCAGUUACUGCGAGAUCAUCUUCUUCUCCGAGUUUGUUCAGCUGGCUAACAGGGGAAAAGUCUUCUUCUCUUUCUCCUUUGAAUCUUCCACUUGCAGGUGUUUCCCUCCCACCUCCACUACCUGAUUAUGUUGAACCAAGCAAGACCAAGAUAACAACUCUCUCUAAUGGCGUCAAAAUAGCAUCAGAGACAUCACCUAAUCCUGCAGCCUCUAUAGGGUUAUAUGUUGAUUGUGGGUCAAUCUAUGAGACACCACUGUCAUUUGGGGCCACCCACUUGCUGGAACGGAUGGCGUUUAAGAGCACUACCAACCGAAGUCAUUUGCGUGUUGAGGAAGUGGAGGCAAUUGGAGGUAAUGUGACAGCCUCGGCCUCUCGGGAACAGAUGGGGUACACUUUUGAUGCUCUAAAGACUUAUGUCCCUGAAAUGGUCGAAUUGCUUGUUGACUGUGUGAGGAACCCUGUGUUCUUGGAUUGGGAAGUCAAUGAACAGCUUCAAAAGGUGAAAGCAGAGCUUGGAGAACUUUCCAACAAUCCUCAAGGAUUGCUUUUGGAGGCAAUUCACUCUGCUGGUUAUUCUGGUGCCCUGGCAAAUCCUCUAUUGGCUCCUGAAUCUGCUAUAAACAGAUUGAAUAGCACCAUUUUGGAGGAAUUUGUUGCGGAGAAUUACACUGCUCCUAGGAUGGUCCUUGCGGCUUCUGGAGUUGAACAUGAAGAGUUUUUGUCCAUUGCAGAGCCACUUGUUUCUGAUCUUCCCAGUGUGCCCCGUCCAGAAGAGCCAAAAUCUGUUUAUGUUGGAGGGGAUUAUCGUUGUCAGGCUGAUUCAGGGAUCACCCAUCUCGCUCUUGCAUUUGAAGUGCCUGGUGGUUGGCAUAAUGAGAAAGAAGCUAUCACUUUGACUGUUCUUCAGAUGCUUAUGGGAGGAGGUGGCUCAUUCUGCGGGGGCCCUGGAAAAGGAAUGCACUCACGACUAUAUCUUCGUGUCUUGAAUGAGUAUCAACAGCUUCAAUCUUUCUCUGCAUUCAACAAUAUCUUCAACAAUACUGGAAUUUUUGGCAUUUAUGCUAGCACUGGCUCUGAUUUUGUGGCAAAAGCAGUUGAUAUUGCUGCAGGAGAGCUACUUUCAAUUGCUUCACCUGGACAAGUUGACCAGGUACAGCUUACUCGUGCUAAAGAGGCAACUAAAUCUGCCGUUCUGAUGAACCUGGAAUCAAGAAUGAUUGCAUCGGAAGAUAUAGGGAGACAGAUAUUGACAUAUGGAGAGAGGAAGCCUUUGGAGCAUUUCUUGAAGGCAGUAGAGGAAAUCACUUUGAAGGAUAUCACCACCAUUGCCCAGAGGAUCAUUUCUUCACCUCUUACAAUGGCAUCAUAUGGCGACGUUAUCCAUGUUCCCAGCUAUGAAUCAGUCAACCGCAAGUUCCACGCAAAGUGAGAAACGUUGAAGUUUGUCCGGUCUUAAUCAUCGGAGAUAUGCCUGCAUAGAGCCCUCUCCACAUUAACGAUCUCCUUCAAUGGUUUUUUUCUGGGAAUUUUCGUUCUCAUGUGCCGGAGGUCACUCCAGGAAUUAUGGAUAAAGAAUUCAUUUCCGUGAUUCAGUCAUGGGAAAUUUUGCUGACAAUUUUUUUUUUUCCCGAUGAAAGUCAGAAAUAAAACAUACGAACUGGGAUUGUGUCCUC